CAAAGGCAGAGUCCUCUCUUAACUUUAUGAUGAUAAAGUAAGAUAGGGUGUUUGGUCAUUUCAUCUGAUAGUAAUUUUUGUUGUAAAGAAAGCUAGUUGGUCUUAUACAUUCAUCAAAGCUAGCUUUGUUUAUAAGCACCGGUAACAGGGGAAAGAGAGUCAUCAUUCCUAAGGCAGAAAGCAAAAGCUGAGAGAAGAUAAGGGAAUUGCAAGGAAGAGAAGAAGGGGCUUGUUUGAGCAGCCAUGACUACACAGAGACAGAUAGUGGAGCAGCAACAGUCACAGAUGCAGAAAGUAAAGAACUCUGGAGUCAUCAGCUACAACGGUAGCCCAUUAACCGAUGACAAGGAUGAGGAGAUGUCAAGAUCAGCUUUGUCUGCUUUUCGGGCGAAGGAAGAAGAGAUCGAAAGGAAGAAGAUGGAGGUCAGAGAGAGGGUUCAGGCUCAGCUGGGUCGUGUUGAAGAAGAAACUAAACGCUUGGCAGAGAUUCGAGAGGAGCUUGAAGCUCUCAGUGAUCCAAUGAGGAAGGAAGUUGCCAUCAUACGUAAAAGGAUUGAUGCAGUUAACCGAGAAUUAAGGCCGCUGGGACAGGGUUGCCAGAAGAAGGAGAAAGAAUACAAAGAAGCUCUUGAGGCUUUCAAUGAGAAAAACAAAGAAAAAGCUCAACUAGUCACCAAAUUAAUGGAGGUAAAGCAUUCUACUUUGAUUCCAAUUUCAUUUGUAUUUUUACAUGCUCUUCUCAUUUUUAUUUUUAUUUUUAUUUUUCUCUUUUUCUUUUCCCCCUUUUGAUGAACCACUGAUCAGCUGGUGAGUGAAAGUGAAAGACUGAGGAUGAAGAAGCUGGAAGAGCUGAGCAAGAACAUAGAAUCCAUACAGUAAGAUGAUGUGUUGACAGCAAUAACCAAGUGGGUUUUGUGUGCUUUAUUUAGGACCAUUCUUCAAUGUGUUGUAUUUUAUGGUUUUUGGUUUUUAUUUCACUGGCUCUUGGAGAGUUUUCUGAUUUGGAAAGAUAAAAACCUCUCCAACAAGGUUUGUUACUAAUCACUUCUCAACUUUGGACUUUUUCAGUCUUCUUUUAUUCUUAUGUGAUAUAUGAAUGUUCAGUUAUAAUAUUUUCCUUUGUAUCA